AUGAUAGAGAUCCCUGCUCUAGAACAGCCGAUGUACGCUCAACAUGAGCUACAGGAGAUCCAGCUGCAAUUCCAUCAGACGGCCAUUGAGAAUAGGGCCAACCAUGAGACCAUCAAUGGCGCGGCCGACCAGUCGCCGUCGCAAGCUGCUUAUCCUGAUUUCCUUGAGUCUCCCACAAAAGCGGAUCGAUCUGAUCAUUCUGAUGACCAAAAUACUGGCCAGGCGUGUGAUUCCACGCCGACGCAGGCCUCUCUGUGGCCGGGAUAUAGUUCUGUAGACAAUUCCGUAGAGGAGGCAAGUAGUGUCUUCAAGUUUGGAGGUACUCCCCAGGAGAAGACUGGUCAAUUCACCAAAAAGACCCCUGAAAUGCCCAAAGUUAGCAUUUUCGACGAUCCGCGCAAGCAUCAACCACGCUUGGGGAGCCCGUUGGCCCAGAAUUCGCCCUUUGGCGCCGACAGCAUCAAGCAGGUUUUGGAAGAGAAAGACGAGGAUACAGAAGGACCUGAUUUUGUAGGGUUGGGAGUGACUCGUUCAGGCAACGGUGUGUCUCUCUUUGGAGAGUCGGAUCUGGCUCUUCCCAACAGCGACUUCUACAAUAAUUCCGACGCAUUUAUGCUCUCAGUACGAAACAACGGGAUGGGUAUUUCUAAUUUAAAUCGCCUAGAACAACAUGCCGAAGAUCUACGAUUGAACAUGGAACAGCUACGUGUGGAAGAUCAAAACGCUCCUCGCCUAGCUGAAGGACCCCUCUUGCUGACAAUUCACAGCCUUCCAGAACUCGAAGGUGCCCCCAUGAUCGAUCAAGAUGCACAAAUGAACGAUGUUCCCUAUACGGUCGAUGGAAUCCCGGUCGAUGCGACUCCUCUUGGUGGCAUUGAGCUAGAUACUCCCAUCCAAAAUUCGAGUUCUCGAGCCUUCGCCGGUGUUCCUAUACAAAUUUCUAGCAGGCUAGAACCGUCUCCACAACUACCCUCUCCUUUAUCAUCAAAACCUCUGCGUCUCGCAUUGUCGCAGGGCAAAGAAUUCUCUCAAAUGCGGAAACUUAUUGCGACGGAGAUGAAAAACCCCGCGGAAUACUCAUUGCAUAUCCUCUUCACCCAAUUUGUUCGACAUGCUGAACGUAAAUUGAAUCGAUUUAUAGAUUGUCCUUUGGACCGUGAGCCUCCGAUUUUGGAUAUUCUAGCCGAGGGCGUCGAUCCUCAGUUCGAUAAUAUGAUCGCCUCUCUUGGCUACAUUGCAAAGCGAAAGCCGAAACCUGUCAUUGACAGUGUCAUGUACUGGAGAAAAUCGAAAAGUGAAGUCGCUUCAAUGGCGUACGGUGAGGUUGAACGGAUUAUGGACAUUGCCCGUUCGUCUUCAAUUGAGAUUAAUAGGGACUCAAAGGCUGAGCCUGUCAAUUCAAAUCUGCCAAUACCAACGGCACUCUCACAACAGACAUCGAAUCGGAGCAAAAGAAGUUUGAGUCUCAUUCGGAGGAAGAGUCCCCAAAAACCAUCUCAUAAGCGGAAUGCGUCAGCGUCUGUUGUCCCCAUGAUCGAAAGACUGAGUUCUUUCAUUCGCCCAAACUCAGACAGAUCCCUAUCAAAUAAUGACGCUUCUCGACAGAAGCAAUUCUACGAAGAAGAAGCAGUGCGGGCUAGAGCUACAGCUAUACAAGCAGAAAGAAAAUCUUUGGCCUCGAUUUACAUAUUGUGUCGAGUUCUCAUUGAAGUUGUUCGACAAAUAUCUUCUCACGCAAUGGGUCUGGAUCUAAGCAACAAGCUUGAAGAGAUUGUCUAUAAUCAGUUGAAAACCACUGAUCCAAUAGCAACUAGUGAGUCAUUUGUAAGACUGGCAAAUUGGAAUUUGUUUGCGGAACUUCUAGGAUACAUGUCCGAGAAGAGAUUUCUUCAAGUCAGCGAUCGUUUCAUUGCCGAUUUAGAAAAGGUCCCUGCUGUGGUUCCGUAUGAUGAAGAACCUAGACUACAUUUACUCAUUCAUGGUAUGCGUUGCUUGAAGCUUACCAACUAUCCAUUGGAAAAAUUCGAGGAAAGUGCUGAAUUCAUUCAGUCCUUGACAAAAUUCUUCUGCAACUCGACAAGUCACACUGUGGUCUACGCUUAUGCAGAUGUCCUAAGCAACUUGAUUCUACCUUUGGCUCCAAAACUAACCGCGGAGGCCAACCAUCCCUUGUGGGUCGAAGCUAUUGGCCAAAUAUACAACAAAUCUUUCCGUUUGUGGCAAGCCUCUUCGAACUCGCAAAGCACAAGUUCCAUCUCUUAUUCUGCACCAAACGCCUAUGGAUCUGGUGAAAAUAACGAUUGGGAUACUCUGCUCACACUCAUGACUUCAGCUAUCUCUGUGAGUUCUAAAGACCUCUUCUCUCAGAAUUGGUUCCGCUUAAUCGAAAGUAACGCGGUGAGACUCAAGCCGAAGGUAGACACUAGCUCAAAAACAAAAUUGGUUGUUUGUGCCUCCAGGCUAGUUUGGGUGUAUAUCAACCGUUUGCCAGAUACAUUGAAUAACACCGUCAAGCGAUUAGACAGCUUAUUUGAUCUUUUGUUUUUCGGACCUAAUGUUUCUGGUAGAAAGCAACAAUGGAUUGUCCUUGAUAAUCAGUUAAUUAAUGGCUUAUGUGAGAUCAUUCGUGUUGUUGGCUAUCAACAUUACAAUUAUGUGCUUGAAAAUGUCAUUUUACGAAUUCUCCGGUCUUGCUUUCCCAAUUCAACUCUCGAAGGUAUAUCUCCUGAGAAAUUGAUCAUUGUCAUCAACUCCUACAUGCUUUGCCUAAAAGAUCAUAAAACUGGUGCAAAGCCUGAAUUUCCUUCGGAUGAAGUCUUGGAUAAAAUGCUUGAUGUUUUUGGUAUCGAGGAAGAGGAUAAUCAACAGAAGAGCACCUUUCCUAACGUUUUGUCACUGUUGUUGAAAGAAAGUUCUUUUAUGAAGCAAAAUAAGAUCAUGUCCGACUAUCGCGGUCUUGAGAAUUUUGCUACUCAUGAAGAAAUCUACAAGAACUUCACUACUUUGUUGAAGCUCUUAGAUAGUCAAUGCGGGGUGACCAGUUGGACCAAAAAUGAGUCUGCUUCGGAUAACAUGACUGUAUCAAAAUCAUUUUCCUCCAUUUCAAAUUUCAAUUUCGGUCUUGAUUUCUCUCAAAGUCUGAAGAACUCUUCAAACGAUUUAUUUGUCUCUCUCCUCGAUGCCUCGGCAUGGUCUAUUGCGCCUAUUCUUGCUGACAAGAAUCUGAAAGCUCAAUUAGAUCUUUCUUUCCAAUCGCUUGUGGAGAUUUUGAUAAGAAACUCGAUUCAUCAAGACCCAUUUAUAGCGUCAGCGUCUUUGAGAUCUUUAGCAAAAUUAGCUUCCCACAGAAAUGCAGGAAAUCUCAUAAAUAUCUACGCUCGCAUAGCUUUCAGAUUGACAGAGAAACCUGGUCAGUCAUAUGAUUCUCAUUUUUUCAAUUCGAAUAGCUUUCUCCGAUUGUUGAGAAUCUAUGUUGAGUUGUUAAAGUGUUGGCUUCGCCAGUUUUCCGAAGCAAACUCAACUCCUACGGAAGAUUCUGAGAGAGACAGCUUAAUAGGGGACGAGGCGUUGAACGAUCUAUAUCAAAUCAAUUACAAGGCGCCCGAUUUGACAAACCUUGAUGAUCCGGCAAACAAACUUAAGCCUUACGAAGAACUCGAAUGGAAGACAAUUGUGACCGUCAUUGAAUCCGUCGAAGGAAAUGGGCUUUUCUUUCUUUGUUCUGGCGACAGUCGCGUGCGCCAAUGUGCUGUGACUAUCCUAAGAAUAGUCGAGCAAUUUGAUCAAUCCAUUUACGAUAGCACCGACAAGAAUGGUAGAAUAGCCGAUGUACCGGUGGUUAGCGUUCCCAAAGGCCAUUCAAGGACUUCAUCAAAAUAUGUCGCAGAUGAAGGUUCUCGGCUUAUACGAGUCAUUGAUAACAUCGACCUAUUGGAUUUGCUUAAACCAUUGAAGAAAGAAAUCAGCGCUCCCGAAAAAGCUCGAUUGAGUAAAAUCAAGAGUAAAAAAGGCCUUCUUUUCAAAUUCGCCUCAUCAGAAAACAGCAUUGAUUCGACGAUUUGGUUUCGCAUCUAUCCUUCUCUCCUUGACAAUCUUUUUGAAACAUGCCCUAUUGCUGUGGCAUUAUGUCGCUCCAUUGUUUGUUUCAGAUUGGUUCAAAUGCAUGAGCUUGUGGUAGCGUACUCGGAGAACUUCAAGUCAUAUACUACUUCACUUUUUGCACGCCAAACCAGUGUAGUGCCACCCGAACUCAUCAUUAAUCAGUGGAAGUUGUAUUUGAUAUUUGCAUGUUGUUCAUUGACUUCUACGAAUGAUCAGGUCAUAUCUAUACCUCUGCAACCUAAUCAUGGACGGAAAAAGUCAUUGCCAAUGUAUAUUCAGUACCAAAAGAUCACAAGUGCAAAAUCAGUGUUUCGGAUGGUUUUACCAUUGUUGAAAGCUUCUCUGAGCAUGGUUCGUGAAGCUGUUGUUGCUGGAUUGAGCUCCGUGAACAUCAAUAUUUGUCGCACUCUCACCGAAAAUCUACUGGAAUCAAUGGCAGACUGGAACAUGGACUUGAAAAAGAGAGAUAGCGGUGAAGAUUUGGUUCGCAUCGAAGUCGUGCAAAUUUUAAGCAUUAUCACUUACAGACUCAGAUCAAAUUCUAUUUUUUAUGCAGAUGAAGUGACGCUUGCCAACUUGGUCAACAUUAUCAAGAACGUGAAAAAGUUUCUUUCUCUUCCAAUGAUUCAAAUACUGCCCGAAUUUCAACGUCUCCGCCACUAUUUCAGCUGUCUUUUGGAGAAUGUGUACAUUGGCUUGAAGGAUAAGGCUGAUUUAAACCGCUGGUUACCAUUCGAAGCUCGUAUCGGUUGUUUCAAUUUUUUGCAGGAAUGGUGUGGCUUUGGUGAUUCACGUACUCUUCUCGAGGAGAGGUUUAAUAUCAUGACGAAGAAAGCCCAGCUAUCAAAAGAGCCUGAGGCCAUGAUUGCAAGCUUGGACUAUGGCAGAAAGUCUUUUCAGAUCUCUGCUUUGAGCUGCAUGGCAACAAUCUGUUCGGGUAACCUCAUACAAACGUUGACGGCACCUCAAAAGAUUGCGUUAAUUUCUUUUGACAUUAAGUCAAUGAUGAGAUGGGUUAAUGAGAUUUUAGGUUCCAAAGAUUCGAAAAUUCAAGAGAUCGGCAAAACGGCUCUCAAUAAUAUUUUGGCUUCUAACAUUAACAACGAUGAGAUUUUUGAAGAGGCUUUAGCACAAUGCUACUCGCCGAAGAGUUCUUUGCGUGUUCGUGAGGUCUACUUCACAUUGCUUGUGGAUUCAUUUAUCAAGAAGAGAAGAAUGGAUCGUAUACCGUGCGACAUGUUCUGCGUUUGUCUUUUCUUAAUCGGAAGCGACAAUUUCGAAAUUCGCUUUGCGGCAGUGACUUGCAUUAAGUAUAUUGAAACAGAGUUCUACAAGACUAACAGCACUGAGCCAGUCACGGAAACAGUCUGCUCCUCCACCAUGAUGAUUUACAAGAAAGCGCUUGUUGACAUUGCCGUGCAAUUUGCAUCUACACAUGGCGACGAAGCGUACAAUAUCAUCAGCUACAUGAGCAAAUUCUCUCUUUGCGUCGACACCUCUACCAGAAAGGACAUCAUGUCAUGCUUGGUGACGUGGCUUCAAACAAUAAAAUUGAAGUAUGUUCCACACGAACCGUCUGAGGGUUCUCCAAAUGUCAAAGAUAGCACAAGCGCCCUUCUCGUAGAACUGCUACUUGAUCUGGGCUCAUUGAUGAUUCUUAACAAUUUGUUCGAACUUAGUGUGAAGUUCAGCAAGGAUCUUUCCAGUGAAAUCCAAGCCUUGUGGGUAGCUCUUGGCACUAAUACAGAGAACUUCAGCAUUAUUUUCGACUUCAUCAUUGAUCAGUGUUUGAAGCGGAAAAGUUCGGAGUUUGUGGCUCAUUCACGACAGAUUGUGGCCUAUCUCGUAUUUUCUAGACCAGAUUCCUCUGAGAUUAUUGACAAACUAGUGUCAAAUUUGCUGCCUAAGGCGAUGGUCCCCACCGCGUCCUCUGGUAUCGUACCUGAUUUCGAGCCUAAUGUUUUUCCUUACACUGCAAAUAUUUCUAAGGUUUUGUCUGUUGAUACAAAAGAAUCUCCAUUUUCCUUGGGUCAGCUUUCGAUGGUGUUCUUAGUGGAUUUAUUCCGUGCUAAUCGUGGACUGGCGUUCCAAAAUUUGCCUCUUUUGCUUCACAUAAGUUUUUCUUUGCUAGAUCACUACCUUCCUCUCAUACAAGAACAAGCUAUAUCAUUGCUCAUCCACUUGACUCAAUCGAUUGCGCCAAACAAUCCGAAAUCGCUUCAGGUUAUGAACACUUUGAGAAGCAAGAAUCAUGUGUCUCAUUUGUGGGUCUACGAUGAUCUCAAUGGAGAGAAGAAUGGUGGAAUCACACCCAAAAAUAUGGAUACUACAGUGAGGACUAUCUUAGAACUCUUCACACCAUCUUUCCCUACGCUUCAGAAAGACUGGAGUCAUGUGUCAUUGAAGUGGGCGACUUCUUGUGCCGUUAGACAUAUUGCUUGUCGCUCAUUUCAAUUGUUCAGAUCUCUUCUUUCCUUUUUGGAUCAGCCAAUGUUGAAGGACAUGUUACACAGACUCUCAAAUACAAUCGCUGAUGAGUCUGUAGAUAUUCAAGGAUUUGCGAUGCAAAUUCUAAUGACACUAAAUGCAAUUACUGCUGAACUAGACUGUGAAAAGUUGAUCAACUUUCCGCAAUUGUUUUGGGCCAGUGUCGCAUGUCUCAGCACAAUUCAUGAGCACGAAUUCAUCGAAACUAUCUCGACAAUGUCCAAAUUUGUUUCUAAGAUUGAUCUUGACUCACAAGACACAAUUUCAUGUCUUCUAGCUACUUUCCCACCCAAGUGGGAUGGUAAGUUUGUUGGUUUGCAGGAAACUAUCAUAGUUGGAUUACGUUCGAGUACAGCAUGGGGCCCGACAAUCAAAUUUCUUGACAGGCUCACGAAACUCAAGGAUAGUGAAGUGAUUGGCUCUGGCGAAAACCGUUUGUUCAUAACAGUCAUUGCUAAUUUACCAAGGUUUCUACAUGCUUUGGAUGAAAAAUCAAUUAGUCCAGAGGUUGAAGAAGCAGCAUCUUUAGUAAGUCAGAUGGCCAGCCUUUGCAAUAAGCCUGGAUUGUCGAAAAUUUUGGACUCGCUCGCCAAAAAUAAAUUCAGAUUGAAGAAGGACUUCUUAAAGCAAAUAGUGUUUGCUGUAAGAAACUGUUUCUUCCCGGAGUAUGAAUUCCAAGCACUCGUACUACUCUUGAAUUUUUUGUCGAACAAGAUCUCAUGGGUGAAAAUAGAGACUCUCUCAAUUUUGAAACUAAUCUUCCCGAUUGUGAAUUGGCAGAAAGAAGAAUUCAUGGGAAUCGGAGCAGACUUAAUUGCACCUUUACUCAGACUUUUGCUCACUGAACACGCUGAACAAGCCUUGGAAGUAAUCGAUGAGGCUGUUGCAAUUUCCGGCUCACAACUCGAUAAAGACAUAUUGAGAAUGAGCAUGGGAAACCCAUCGAUGCGUAAAGAAUAUGAGCAGACAGCAACGUUAUUCGGCAUUCCAGACUCUAGUGGAUGGGCUGUGCCCAUGCCAGCCGUCACAGCCUCAAAGACCAGGCAUAAUGUUCAUGCGGUUUUCGCGACAUGCAUCACUUCAUCUACUGUUGUUGAUGAAAAGAUGAUAGAUCAUGUGGAUACGGAACAGAUCCAGUUCCUCAUGGAUGACUAUCGGGCUCCAGAACGGGACUUUGUGGACACUUCAUCUAUGAACGUAGAAGAACCGCCCGCGUCAUUGAGUAAUAUGUGGGCGGCUUUGGAUGAUUUUGACUCAUUCUUCACCAAACCUUCUGAGCAAAGAGCACUGCUUGGAGUCAAUGGUAGUGGUAGAGUCAAAAGCCAACAUGUUCACAGUGUAUCAGUUGAUACCAAAACGAGCAGUUCGAGCGAUAUGAUGUCACCUGUUGAUGGAAUUGAUUCUGUGCCACAAGUUUACGAUAAGAAAGCUUUGGUGAUUCUCAACCAGAUAUUGGCACGCACACAAUCGAAUGCAUCAUUCAAGAGCGGUUUGUCUGAGACCAUCGGGUCUCCAGUCGCCUCUGGCCGCAAUGACAUUGCACCUUCGAAACGGUCCUAUAUUCCGUUUAGACAUAGUCGCUUUGUCAAAACGAAGACUGAUGCAAUAUCGACACCAGCUCAGCAGAGUAGCAGUAUAUUUGAGCUGGCAAGUCCUGCCACACCAUCCAAGAGCUCUGUGCCGAAUACACCCAAUCUCGCCAAUUUCAAGAGCAACAGUCCGCAAGACACUAUCUUGUCGCCAGAAUCGAGAGCUUCCGAGUCGAAGAGAUUUGAUCAUAUUCUAAGUGCAAGAAAGCGGAACCGCCGCGGCUAA